UUCGAGAUGUGUGUUGAUUUGCAAGACAAAACAUUGGUUAGUUCGUCCAACUUCAAUGGCCAAAAGAAACAAUUUGAUAAGUACACCGGUCUAACCUUAAUGAAAGGAUACGCAUUUGUACUAAAGAUCAUAAUUACAGACUCUGAGUUUCAGAUUGUUAUAAACGAAGAAUUAUUUGCUACGUACCCAAACCAUUUAACUUUUGACGCUUUCAAGUAUGUUCAGGUUUUUGGCAACGUUGAUAUUAAUUGGAUUCUCUUUUCAAUUUUAAACCCCGUAAGUCCAGUAAAGAUUGAAAGACGACCUGGCGGUGAAAAAAUUGUCGUCUAUGGAUACCCAACCAACGAUACUACAGAGUUCAGUGUAAACGUUCAUUGCCUGCCUGAUUGCGAUGAAGAAGACAAUUUUAUCAUUGUCACCCACGUAAACAUUAGAUUCAACCAUUUUGGUAUUUUAAAAAGAGUGGUUCUUAACCAUUUUCAAAACGGAGUCUGGGCUAGGGAAAGUAUUUACGACGCAUUUAACUUCAAACUGGGAUAUCAGUUUAAACUUCAGUUGUUAACAAACCCAGGUUACACUUGGAUUUUGAUAGAUGACUACUUCAAAAAUACAUGGUACCACGGAAUGAACUGUUACAACCGUCUAGGUUUUUAUAGGGAAGUCAAAGUAGAAAAAAUAUUGAUGUCAUGAGAGGAUUAUUGGGCUUUACAAAAGCAUAUUACAUGCAAUUUAUUUUCCUUAAAUAUUUAAUGUUUAUCUUUUCAUAAACCUAAUAUGCAUUUCAUUGUGUGUAACCCAUGGUAUUAUGAUUUUAUUAUGAGUAGCUUAGGCCUAAUGUAUUAUUAUUUAUUGGUACACAUGGUAGUUUUUAAUUGUGGAUAAGUUAUAGUGUAAUGUUUAGUCAAGCUGAUUAGAUGAACUAAAUUUUGCGUUUCUUACGAUUUCUUGCAUUUUAUGGUAAAGUUUCGUUAAUAGGAAAAUUUAUAUUUUCUCUACAUAGUACACGCACAUAGAUACAAACACUCCCAGACAUACAAUACACACGGAUACACACCUACCGAAAUCGCAAUAUAUGUGUUUUAAAGUGAAACUUUGUUUCUGAUAUCAGCACAUUUUGUUAGUUUUGCAGACACACUCAUAGAACUUAUUAAUACAAUCCUAAUUUUAAGAAAAUGUAAUUUUCAAAAUUUACAAACUUUUGUUAUUUGUUUUCUAGGUGUUUGUAUGUUUAUUUUUUUUUAAUAUCAUUAAGUUAGACUGAAAUAAAAACAAAUCUGGGUUGUGUAAUAUAGCUUAAAAUACAUGUUGAUGGUGUAAUACACGGCGUGGUUGGGUAAGAAAGAUCGUGGCAAAUGGCAACCACAUUCAUCCCUUCCCGUCAUCUAAAUGAGCACGACCUUGCAAUAGCUGAUGUUUCACAGAUGGCAACAAGAUAUAUAGGUAGUGACUAAUGAAACACUGUAUGGUAUGUGUUAAGGAAUUCGAAGAUUUGAAAAGUAGAAAAUUAAAUUAAUAUUGAUGCAAAAUAUUGGUUUAUUUUUAAAAAAUAAAGG